GGGACAGUCGGAGCAUCCCGCCCUAACGAGCUCUGACUCUGAGGCCUCCGGCGGGAUCGGAUGUGACAGCUCCUGCCCUCGUCCUCCUCUCCUGCUUCAUUGACUCUCCUCCUCCGGUUGUGGCCUCCUUCCCUCCCCGGCGUGGCCUCGUUUCCCUUCUCCUUCAUUUACUGGCUGGGGUCUUCAGCCAAUGAGGGGGCCCGCUCCUCGUCUUCCUCCUGGUCUCCGGUCUGGUCUCCUCAUUCCAGGAUGUCGGAGCGAAGGUUCUGCCAGGAGGACGACUGCUCCUCCCUUCUGUCCCGGCUCGGUUCCGACUCCCCCCGUCCUCGGAUCAAGUAUGGAGGGAUGUUCUGCAACGUGGAGGGAGCGUUCGAGAACAAAACGCUGAACUUUGAGUCCUUCAGUCCUCAAACGCAGCGGCGCCGAGCCACCCGGAGCCGGACGGAGGGCCCGGAUGGAGGAGACGCAGGGAGAGGAGGAGCAGGACGCACGGUGGUGUUCCCGUCUGGACACGCCCGAGAAAACUACGGCAGGAGAGAAGCCGGAGUAAGAGGUUUUCCUGACUCUGGUUUCUCUGGUGUCUCCUCCCACCUCCAUCAGAACCUCCUCCUCACCUCCACCGCCGAGCUGGAUCCUCCUCGUCUUUGUCUCCUCUGUCUUCUCCCUCAUGUCAUGUAUUCUCCUCCCCAUCUGUUCAUCCUUCCUUCUUCCUGUUUCCAUCCUGGACUCCUCCCCUCUUUAUCGAUCUUCAAUCGGAUUCUGUCCAAACCUGGAAGAACCUGCAGGAAGAACCAUCAAUCGAAGGAGGAAGAUCAGGAGGUCAGAGGAGGUCAGAGGAGAUCUGCAGGUUUUCUACAGUCCAGCUCCAGAAUGACCGGAUGGACGUUUAGAAGAACUGAAACUUGGAUCAGAACCAUGAUGGACGGGUCUGUCUCAUUCAGUAAAAUAUGUUUUCAAGAAUCAGGUAUCAUGUGAUGCUGAAUGUUUGAAGAAGACCUUCAAGACCCGUGUGGAUCUUCAGAACCAAUGGAGAGCUUCAGAACUGGUGCUGACCUUCAGGACCACUAGAGACCUUCAGGACCAAUGAGGACCUUCAGGACCGGUGUAGACCUUCAGGACCGGUGUAGACCUUCAGGACCAAUGAGGACCUUCAGGACUGGUGUAGACCUUCAGGACCAAUGAGGACCUUCAGGACUGGUGUAGACCUUCAGGACCAAUGAGGACCUUCAGGACUGGUGAAGACCUUCAGGACCAAUGAGGACUUUCAGUACUGAUGUAGACCUUUAGGACUGGAGAAGACCUUCAAGAUUGGUGAGGACCUUCAGAACUGGUGCCGACCUUCAGGACCACUAAAGACCUUCAGGACCAUUGGAGACCUUCGGAACUGGUGAGGUAAUUCAGGACCAAUUAGAACCUUCAGGACCGGUUUAGGUCUUCAAGACUCCUCCUCAGAAUGAAAGAACGGGAUGAAACCUCCCGCAGAACCAAACCAUGAGGGGGAACCAGCAGGACCCUCAGUCAGGAGAAGCUGGUGGAUGUGAGACGGUCUAGAGCUGAGGAUGAGAAGAAGAUGAAGGAGGAGGAGGAGGAGCUUCUGCAGAGAGGAAAGCUCCACCCAUUUACCUCAAAUGACCUGUUGAACAGCUUCUGCUCAACCAUCAGAUUCUCCACAUCUCAGUCUGCGGUUUUGGUCUCCAAACAUUUUUGUCGCUUCAGCUCUCUGAAGGUCUGGAGUUGUGCAGCCGGAUCUGGUUGAGGGUGGGAGGGGUCUGAUCUGGAUCGCUUCAGUUCCUGAGAUGUUUACACCUCCACCGCUGCACUUUUCCCUUUCUCAAAGGGGGUCAAAGGUCAUUUUCCUGUUUGGGAUUCCCAGUGUGGGAACGUCACCAGCAGAGAGGGAGCUCCGAUUCUCUUCAGUGGAGAAGAUGCUGUUGGACAGGAGGUGAAGCUGCAGGAGGAGGAGGUGAAGGAGGAGGAGGAAGUACAGGAGGAGGAGGUGGAGGAGGUGAAGCUGCAGCAGGAGGAGGAGGUCUGAGACCGUCAGCAUCCUCUCCUCCUCCUCCUCCUCACGCUGCUCUCAUCAGCAUCUUCAGCUUUAUUCUGAAGCUCCACCCCGGAAGUGGAGUGCGUGCGCGUUGUCAGCUGCGUGACGCGAAAGGUGACAGGAACAAUAGCUGAUCGCGCGCGUGACCGCCCGGAUCCAUUGAUAGCAGAUCGAUCAGGAUGUCCUUCCCGCCCAAGAAGAGCAGCUCCCGCCCCGCGGGCGACCGUCUGAUCAUCAAAGGAGGAAAGAUCGUCAAUGACGACCAGUCGUUCUACGCCGACGUCUACGUGGAGGACGGGACCAUCAGGCAGAUUGGGGAGAACCUGAUCGUCCCUCCUGACGUGAAGACGGUAGACGCGUACGGUCAGCUGGUCAUGCCCGGCGGCGUCGACGCCAACACCAACCUGCACACGCCGCAGAAGGGCAUGAACCCGGUGGAUGACUUCUACCAGGGAACCCGGGCCGCCCUCGCCGGAGGAACCACCACCAUCAUGGACCACGUGCUGGUGGAACCGGGAACCAGCGUGUUGGCCGUGUUCGACCAGAUGAAGGAGGCGGCGGAGCAGAGGGCGUGCUGCGACUUCUCCUUACACCUGGACAUCGCCCGCUGGCACGAGGGGCUCUACGAGGAGAUGGAGACGCUCGUCAAGGACAAAGGUGUGAACUCCUUCCUCUUCUUCAUGGCCUACAAAGACAAAUACCAGAGCUCCGACUCUCAGCUCUACGAGGCGUUCGGGGUCCUUCGGGAUCUCGGGGCCAUCGCACAGGUCCAUGCGGAAAAUGGUGACAUCAUUGAUGAGGAGCAGAGGAAGGUUCUGGGUCUUGGCAUCACCGGUCCAGAGGGACACGUCUUGUCUCAUCCUGAAGAGGUGGAGACGGAGGCCGUGUACCGCGCCAUCACCGUCGCCAAACAGGCCAACUGCCCGCUCUACAUCACCAAGGUGAUGAGCCGGUCUGCUGCCGACGUGAUCGCCAAGGCCAGGAAAAAAGGGAUGGUCGUGUACGGGGAGCCAAUCACAGCCAGCCUGGCAACGGACGGCUCACACUAUUGGUCCAAGGACUGGGCUACGGCGGCCGCCUUCGUCACGAGCCCGCCCCUCAACCCGGACCCUUCCACCCCGCAGUAUCUGACCUCCCUGCUGGCCUGCGGUGACCUCCAGGUGACCUCCAGCGCGCAGGCCAGCUUCUCCACGGCGCAGAAGGCCGUCGGCAAGGACGACUUCACCCUGAUCCCCGAAGGAACCAACGGCAUCGAGGAGAGGAUGGCGGUGGUCUGGGACAGAGCGGUGUUUUCUGGGAAAAUGGACGAGAACGAGUUUGUGGCCGUAACGAGCACCAACGCCGCCAAGCUCUUCAACAUGUACCCUCGGAAAGGACGCAUCGCCGUCGGGUCCGACGCCGACAUCGUCGUCUGGAACCCGAAGGAGACUCGAACCGUCUCUGCAAAGACUCACAACCUGAAUCUGGAGGUCAACAUCCUGGAGGGAAUGGAGUUCAGAGGCGUUCCGGCGGUGGUGAUCAGCGCCGGUCGAGUGGUUCUGGAAAACGGUCAGCUGAACGUGACCGAAGGCUCUGGACGCUUCGUUCCAAGGAAGGCGUUCCCUGACGUCGUCUACAAGAGGAUCAAGGCGCGCAGUAAGAUGGCGGAGGCCCGUGGCGUUCCUCGAGGAAGCUACGACGGUCCGGUCCAUGACGUCAGCAGCAUGACGAAAUCUGUACCCCCAACUCCGACCACCAGGGGGCCUCCCUGUCCCAAAACGCAGGCGGGGCUCCGAAACCUCCACCAGUCGGGGUUCACCCUGGCAGGAUCUCAGAUUGAUGACCACAUACCACGCCGCUCCGCUCAGAGGAUUGUGGCGCCCCCAGGAGGACGAUCCAACAUUACAUCACUAUCCUAAACCAUCUCACCUUCUCGAUCGACCAGUUCUACUAGAGGAAACUCAACUUCAUUCAUGUCCUGUUACUCUCCCAUCAUCCUUCAGUUCUCCCCGAGGUCUGUAGUCGUUCCUGUCCUCCAGCUGACAUCUCCGGAUCAGCUGGUUCUUCCUGUCGCUCAUCUGGACCCUGAAAUGAAGGCUCCCCCCCAAACCCGGGUUCUAGACCCAAGAGUAAAGAAACAGCUUUACUUGGAGGAGAACCGAACAUACAAACUGUCGUAACAUCAAACUGAAGCCUGUAGGUGAAGAUUUAAACGUUCUAGGUCCUUUGGUUCUAUGUUCAUGCUACGUUCACACCGGCUCAGAAACUCACGUUCAGAAACACUUUCUGUCAGAAGCUACCACUUCCAAUGAAAAGUAAAAACUUUAGUAAAUGUAUGCUUUCUAAACCAGGCGUGUCCAAAGUGUGGCCUAAAAAUUAUCCUACGGCCUUCAGGCUCCUUUCAUAAAAACAAUAUGAUUUUAGCAUUUCCUAAAAACUGUGUGUGUAUUUUUGGCUAAAUUAGGUUUUCAUAUUCACCCUGAAGAGGCGCUAAUAGACGGGACGCAGCGUCUACGACUUGCUAACUGGGAAUGAACUGUGCGAAAAUUGGCAAAUUUGGGGGAUUUUGGUUUAAAAUAUGUGUAUAUAAUCUGAUGUAUUUCUUAGAGCUGAGCUAAUAGAAUCAAUGAAUCCAUUUGAAUCACUUUAAACUAAAUAGAUCAGUUAUCAAUUCAUAAAAGUAUAAAUCGAUUCAGCACAUAAAGCUAAUGUCUGCCAGCUUCAUGCUAACGUUUAAUGGAGAUUCCCAUUGGGCAGCUAACGCUAACGCUCGGUUGACCUAAACAUACAUUCCUGACUAAUUGAACACAUUUAUAUGAAAGUAACAGUUAGAGAUCUAGAACACAUUUUGUUGCUCAUUCUUCUUCUUCUUCUGGAAUAAGGUGUAAUGCUCUAGUUUGAUUGCCAUCUAGUGGCCAAACUGAAAAAAGCUGAGAAAGUUUAAAGUCUAAACUCUUUUUACGACCGUUUUUGGACUCUACAUUUAAAAUGUGCAGCUACUGAAAGCACGUUUUAAAGUUAAACCAGUUGAAGUUUGACCAAUCCAGGACUCUGAUUUGGUCUUAACGAUUGAAUGGUGUCUUUUAAUUCACGGAAGUGCUACCUGUUUGAAUAAAGGAGAAGUUUCACACUAAGACUCUUCCAACGGUUGUUUCUGGUUCUGACAGUCCAGUGUGAACUCUAAAUUCUAAGUGUGUUCAAGAACCCACGUUCAGUGCAUUCUUGAAGGCGCCACACAUGCCCAGUGUGAACGUAGCAUCGGAGUCUGGCUCCAACUCCCUCCAGCUGUUUCCAUAUCAAACAUUUGCCUCCAUCUUGUAGUUUUCAGCUUUAGAACGUUGAUCCUCCAAAAACUGCUGCUGCUGAAGCAAACCUGUAGUACUCAUGGUAGAAGACAUUUUUAAAAACUUGAUACUGAAUGUUCUGAAUUAUUGUUGUUACCCAGAAUGCAUCGUGGUCCACUCCUGACCCUGAAGCCUCAUCCUUCACCUGCUUAACUCUACAGGCGUUCAUGGGCCGUAAUAAUGGUUUCCUUUGAUUCUCUAACAGUAGCUGUAGGCCGUCAUGUAGCACCAGUACGCCCCCUACUGGUUUACCGGGAACUUCCUGGACUGCUGCUGGUCUUUUUGGAUGUUUGCGUGUGCAUAGUUCCAGAGUUCCAUCAUAACCGCUCUCGUUUUUGAUCGUCCUUAGACCGUACGACGUGCGUGGUGCUAACAUAUAGAGGGACCUAUCAAAGCCACACCUUUUAUGCAACAAUGUGACUCCGCCCCCAGAAGUGUGUCAGGAGCUAAAACAGAAUGUGGGUUACAUGCAGCGUUUAACGUGCACUAACGGACUCCAACACAGCAGGGGGCGCUGUUUGCUGUCCUCAACCUCCUAUGACUGCAGGCAGUAACCAUCAACUCCAGGAAGUCGGCCUGUGAUGUCACAGCACCAUCCCAGCGCCAGGGGGGCUCUUAGUUUUGAAAAUGAUUUGUAAAGUAUUCAUGGUCAUUUUGUAUUUUUUACACUUUUUGUAUCCUGCUUGUAAUAAGAAACAGUGUUAGCGUCAUUGUUAGCGUUAGCGAGUGUGUAUCAAAGAUGGGUGUGGCUAACGCACCAACACACGAGGGGAAGAAGAAGCAGCCAGAGGCGUCAUUCCACAGACGACCACUAGAGGGGUGAACAUUUGACCAAUGAAAGCUGAGCGAGGAGGGGGCGUGGCCAAAAGGAAACCCGACACUAAUGCGACACAACAGUUAUGGAUAUAUGCUAAUUAUUAACAUAAGAUAAAUUUAGUUUACUGGCAAAUUAAAUUGAAAUUUUAACUUAAUUUAAAUUGAGAAUGUUUAGACCCAAUAAACUUUACAUUUAUGUUUGUAUUUAUAAUAAUUACACCCACGUUUGCAGAAAUUAUUCAGAACCAAUCUGCACCAAAAAAGAAAAUAUUUCAGAUUUGCAGAAACUUUUUGAUAAAAAUAUGGUUUUAAAUGUAUUAUUGUUCAGCUGAGCAUCAGUUAAACCAACAUUCUCUAUGGUUCAAUGACCCCCCCACCCCCACCCCCACCCCACUAGCAUGAAGCGACCCUUUGGCCCCACAGGAGUCGGGUUCUGGAUCUGAACCACUGACAAGAAUCCAGCUUCUGCAUUCAGGUGUAAAACUCUCAUCAAAACAGUUGAUUCCUCCUGAAAGGCAGCAAGUUUUAUUACUGAAUCUGGGUCGUCAUGACAACAUCCAUCUUUGAUACAGUCAUCGUUGGUGCCAUUUAGACUGUGGUUGAAGUGUUUGUGCAGCUCACAGCGGCCAUUUUAGUGUCUAGCUCCUCAGGAGGAGGACGGAGGAGGAAAAGGUCAGUGAAAGCUCACGUCUUCUUUCUCUUCAUUUAGACUGAAUCCACUCUGACAGCUCCUCGCCGUAACGUUAGCUCAGCUCAGCGUUGUUUUACCGUUAGCAUAGUUGGAUUUAGCUCGGGUUAUCUGAGCUUUAGAAUUGAAAUCAGCUUCCUUUAACGGACUUAGCUUGUCUAGAAGGGAUUACAACCUUCACCAUUUUAGCUGAACUUGGCCUAGCCAAGCCGAAGUUAGCAUGCGGGUUUAGGCACCAACAUGGCGGCUGUGUUCUGAUCCGUUUCCGUCUUCUCAGAUGCAUUGAAACCUGAACGAAAGAAAAAAAAAUCUGCGUGCACAGCAACCAUGCACUCAUCUUUUAGAAGUGCAUGGGAUGGGUUUCCGCGGUAACCGUUGUUCCUGUGGUGAAUGUAUCUAAACUGUGGUGAGAGUUGCAUGAAUAAAGUGAAGAGAAAAACAACAGA